AUGGAAUGUUCCAGCACUCAAGACAAACAUGAUAUAGUGCUGCUGUUUGAGUCCGUGUCCUAUGCUCAAUCACCUCUGUUUCACUUGCCUUAUGUCCAGGAGCCCUUUAUCCCUGGCGCAGAACAGCUGAUCUUAAGCCAGAAUCACCAGAAUGUGGGUUGUGACUGGUCUCAUCUCCCUGCAGAGAAGCUCUGUCACCUGGAGGAUGAAAAGGUGAAUCUUCACAGAGCUUCGUGAGGCCAGUGAAUUGUGGGACUCAAGACUUUUGGCUUCCCUUACUGUCAGGGGAUCUGUCUGGCCGUGAGUGAGCUCCUUCACUCCAAUUUUGAAUGCUAUAAGAGGAAGGUACCCGCUUGCUCCUGGCUCUCUCAGGUCUGCAGUCCGAUCAAGGUCGGUCUUUGCUCCUUGAUGGUCCAGGAUGAACACAAGGUGAACGUGCCCUGUGUGAAUGCUUCCCUAAUAGAGAUGUGUGGCUGCUCCUGA